AUGAAGCUUUCUAUUCUUGCGCUCGCAGGCGCGUACACAGCCAGCGCCGCCGUUCUUGGAGAGAGGCAAUCAUACGGAGUCAAAGGCACACCUGAGGGCUUCGGAAGAGGUACUACGGGAGGUGGCAAUGCAGCCUGUGUUGUACCUUCCUCGGUAGCCCAGCUGAAGACCUGGCUCAGCGACAGCACUGCCCGCUGUAUCGUACUCGACCGAGAGUUCAACUUCAAGGGUACUGAGGGAACUACAACAGCCACCGGCUGCCGUCCCGCAUCCAACAAAUGCCCUGGCAACGGAGGUCAAGACGCCAUCAACUCUGCCAACUGGUGUGACAACGGAAACGCUGGAGCAGGCGCUACGUCUGUCCAGGUCAAGUACGACAAUGCCGGUGUAACUGCCAUCAACCUAGGCUCCAACAAGUCCCUCAUCGGUGUUGGCAACAAGGGUGUCAUCCGUGGCAAAGGUCUCCGCAUCGCCAACGGAGCACAGAACAUCAUCAUCCAAAACAUUCACAUCACCGAGCUCAACCCACAGUACAUCUGGGGCGGCGACGCCAUCACCCUCGACAAGUCGGACCUCGUCUGGAUCGACCACGUCAAAAUCUCCCUCAUCGGCCGCCAAAUGUUCGUAGCCGGCUACGGCGCCUCGGGCCGUGUAACAAUCAGCAACACAGAAUUCGACGGCAGCACCUCCUGGUCCGCUUCCUGCGACGGCCGCCACUACUGGAGCAUCCUCCUCCUCGGCGGCAGCGAUCUCAUCACCAUGAAGGGCAACUACAUCCACCACACCUCUGGCCGCAGCCCGAAGGUCGGUGGACAGGGCAACACGCUGCUCCAUGCGGUAAACAACUAUUUCUAUAGCAACACGGGUCAUGCCUUUGAUAUUGAAGCGGGCGGUAUGGUUGUUGCCGAGGGAAACGUGUUUCAGAAUGUCAACACGCCGCUGCUUAACAAUAAGGGGCAGUUGUUUUCUGCGCCUUCAACGGGCGCAAACGGUGUGUGCCAGACCUAUCUUGGACACACUUGCCAACUUAACUCGUUUGGAAGCAGUGGAAGUUUCAGUGGUACCCAGACGGAUUUCUUGGUUAACUUCCAGGGAAAGACUGUCGCUGGUGCUUCGGCGGCGAGCUCGAAUGUUGCUAACACUGCUGGUGUUGGUAAGAUCUAG